CCUCAGCCGAUAUUACGAGAUUACCCUUAACCUACGGAGUACUCAUAGCAAAUUGACACUACAUAGUAUGUAACAUGUCUCACCUCAUUGCUGGUCGGAGGAGAUCGCAACUCCCCUCCUCCCCGCCCCACACCAACCUGAGACCUUCCAGCGGGCCUUCCCCAACAGUCCAAACUCCAAUCUCAUCCACCCUGCAAGAAGUGGAGUUUCCGGCGAAUAUUUCCGAGCUGCGGGCUCGCUUAGAAGGGGUAAUUGGCGAAGGAUCAACAGUAGAAUCUCCCGCGCUUAACGACAUAACUACACAAAGGGGCAUAAGUUUUUGGUUAUCUCCAAUGACGGAAUGGCGUCCAUGCGUGCCGACUGCCGACUAGUUCUGACCAUUGAGCACUGACCACUGCGGUAAGCGUGGUUGUCAGCACGGCCAGGUGCAAUUGAUGUUGUUGCGGAUGAUAAUUUUAUGGAGUACGUACGGCAAUUCAGUUGCCGUU